AUGCAACUGCCAUCAGCACCUCCAAGCCCACCAGCUGCUCCACGCCGCGCUCCAGCCAAACUAAAUGAUGCUGCGCCAACUCCACUGCCCCAUCUUCGCCGAAAGGCUUCAUCUCAGUCGCUACCCCAACCUGCGCCUAAUACCGUGCAGUCGAUUGCCGAGCCCGAAUCUCCACUCGAAUCGCAACCUUCAACAUGGAUUCGAACAGAGCCUAAUCAUUUUGGGCUGUACAAAGUUUAUCCUCAGCGUCCCACCCACGAUCCUGACGAACAUGCAAUGCUAAACGACUUAUAUUGCGCGCCAAAGGACCAAAUCAACUGGGAUAAUUUACCCCUUCCGAAAGAGCCUUGGUAUUAUCCAUUUCCGAAUGCAUCAGUUGCGCACCUCAUGAAAUAUCAUAUCGAAGAGGAAAAUCCUGGGUCUAUCGGCGGUUUUGACCGAUUUAUCCAGAAUAUUCUCCAACCCAACGACGAAGCCGAGUCAGAUGGCGUGGACCUUCGUGACCUCCCUCGACCAUUCUCGACCAAGAAGUUUCUUGAACAACUCGACAAGAAUGGAAUAGAGCCUCUUGAGGUCACUGACAAGUGGAUUUCUGGGAGCGUCCAGCUCAAAAUGCCCUGCGUUGGACACUCUCAAAAAGAGUGUGAUGCUCCUACUUUCACGGUCACCGACAUACACUACCGACCUCUUCUUGACCCUAUUAGAGAGGUUCUCCAAGGGCCUUUAUUCGAAAAGCUCCAUACUACGCCGUUCUCCCUUCGUUUCGACCCCACCUUCGACUCGACAUCAGCUGACAUCGUACUCGACGACGCCAAUCCUCCCCUUAACGAAUAUGGACUACCUGGCCUUCCUCCGGGUCACGAAGAGGUCUUUGGAGAAUUAUACACAUCGGCGGCAUUUCUCGAGGCAUACAAAGCAAUCCCGCAACCCCCUCCUCCGCAAUCUCCAGAGGACCCUGUUGAGAGUAUUAUUAUGGGUAUAAUGGAAUGGUCUGAUGCGACCCACCUUGCUCAAUUCGGGACUGCAUCGCUGUGGCCCGGUUAUACCUUCUUUGGCAACCAUCCGAAGGGAUUUCGAGCUAAACCAUCCUCAAAUGCUGGCUUUCAUCAAGCGUAUUUUGCUACCCUCCCAGACUCUAUACGGGACACAUAUCGUGCUCAUUAUGGGUGCGACAUGUCGGAUGAAGUAUACAAGCAUCUCAAACGCGAGUUAAUGCAUCGAAUAUGGGAUCUUCUUCUCUCAGAAGACUUCAUUGAUGCAUAUGACAACGGUAUCAAAAUUCGAUGUUGGGACGGCAUUGUUCGUCUUGUUUUCCCUCGUUUCUUUAUCUAUGGGGCAGAUUAUCCUGAGAAGAUUUUGCUUGCUACUAUUGCAGCGGCGGCGAAAGCAGCAACAGCGGUUACUGAUAUUCAACCAACAACACUUCCUCAAAACCCGGUUCCUCCCGUUCCCCCUUCUCUACACUCGAGUGCCACAUCAAAGCCCAAACCCAAACCUAAACCCAAGCCUAAGUCGAAGGCGAAGGCGAAGACGAAGGCAAAGUUAAAAUCAACUGGUCCUGCUAUACCGUUGGCGAAUGCAAGUGACAACGAGACACUGAUACCUGGGCUGCCGACACCCAUUGCGGACCACUCAUCUGAUUCAGCAAUGCUGUCGGCAAACCCAGAUGGUGACCUACCGCCAGCGGCUGGCCCAUCGACACACGAAUCACCGACCACUUGUCUACGCCAGCUGACGCGCCAAGUUCGUUGGCUACACCAGGGAGAACAGGUUGAGAAGCCGUUCAAUUUAAUCACGUUCAAAUUGCACUCGCUCCCCGACUAUCCGGAUGCCAUCCUGCGUUACGGAACCACUGACUCAUUUUCAACUCAGAUUGUGAGUAAUCUCCAACUAGAUUUCAUCCAGUUCUGA